AUGGCCGCGUUCGGCGACUGGGUCGCGGCACUGCCCCAGCAGGUUCGCGACCACCUCGCCGCGCAGGGGCUGGACAACGCCGCGCUGGUCGUGGACAGCGUCUCGCCGCAGUUCCUCAAGGGCGAGAACGGCGCCACCGUCGCCAAGACCGUAGACGUCGCGUUCCUGGAGUCCAUCGCGGCCGCCUGCGAAACCGUCAAGCCCGGCUCCGGGGCUUAUGCCAAGGUCCGCCAGUUCUACGAGAAGUGCUACAAGCGCUGCGAGAAGGGCGCCGCCGCGGCCAGCGUUCCCGAGGCCGCGCCGAUUGAGGCGCGCGACCCGACCAGGGAGGAGUACUACGACCUCAGCCCGGAGUACCGCAAGCAGCGACUCCAGGCGCUCAACACGGAGUUCGAAGCCGUCGCGGCCACCGUGGUCCAGUCCGACGCAGCGGCCCGCGCCCGGCCCGCCGCGGCCGAGCUCAAACCCGGCGUCGGCGGCGUCCUCGCCUGGCGCAUGCCCGCAAUCUCCGAGGCGCCGGCUGGCGGCCUCGUCGAGCUCGAGGAGGCUGGCUACCUCAUCGAGAACUUGCUCUUCCUCUGCGGCUGGGUCAAAGACAUCGAUUAUCUGGUGACCUUCCACGAGCGGUUCUGGAGCCGCGUCCGACGCUCCAAGCAGCCAAUGCUCGGCUACCGCCCGACGGCGCUCACGGAGGUGCAGCGCGCGCUCUGCCUCUUCCAGUGCCAGUGGGCGAAAGCAAGCCGGAACGCCGACAAGCUGGACGCCACCGUCUUCAGCUCCCUCCCAGCAGACGCCGACGAGCUGGACGGCCGGCUCGCGCUUGCGCCGCGCCAAGCCGGCCACUCCGCCCCCGGCUCAGCCAACGCCGCGGGCGCUCGCCUCGACGGCGCUGGCGAAAGCCUCCCGAAGCGCCCCCGCCUCACCCGCGGCGAGCGCCGCGAGCGGGCGGCCGCCGCAGCCGGCUACCAGAGCGCCCCGGCCCA